CCACGGAUAACUGCGGCUCCCUGCCUUCAGACUGGAACCAGGACGCCGAGGAGAGGACUGAGCUGGCCGGAUGGUUAAAUCUAACCUACAGACGAUUUUGAAUAGUCACUGUUUUGUAAGAGAAAAAGAGAGAAAUUUAUCCGAGAUGCCUGUUAUUGAACAGUCCAGUAAUACAUCUGAAAGUAUCUCCAGUCCCAGGAAGUGCUCCUGCUGUAGCAGUAACCCGUGUCCAGGGCCUCUGUGGUGCUCCGAUGCCCCUCUCCCACCCCUGAAGAUCCCAGGUGGGCGAGGGAAUGACCAGCGGGAUCGCAAUCUUUCAGCUAAGCUAUUCUACUCCGAUGCUCAGUUGUUGGUUCUUGAAGAGUCUGCUCCUGCAAACAGCAGAGUGCGUUUUUUGCUCUUUGAGCCCCGUCGCUCUGAAGGCAAGCAUUGCGUCUGGAGGGCUGCGCUGAAAGGAGGCAACCUUUACGUAGAAAUCGCUCCUGGAGCUUUGCCCGAGGGCAGUAAAGACAGUUUUGCACUGUUGCUGGAAUUUGCAGAAGAACAGCUGCAGGCGGAUCACGUGUUCAUUUGCUUUCACAAGAACCGAGACGACAGAGCAUCCUUACUGCGUACAUUCAGUUUCCUGGGCUUUGAGAUUGUUAGACCGGGUCAUCCUCUCGUCCCUUCCCGACCUGACGCUUUCUUCAUGGCUUACAGCAUCGAGCGAGACUCCUCUGACGACGACUAAAAUGACGCUGAGCAGUUACCAACCUUUUCAUUUCAACUCAUACCCACACAUCUUUUAUGAUUUCUGAAAAAAUAAACAUUGUCUUGGUUCAGUGAGGUUGAGGUUUCCUGUCGCAAGUUGUUUCUCCUCUGCCUUUACCUAACGUGCUGUGUUUAAAGAAGAUUUGCACUAGGGUCAGAUGUUAAUAUAGCAGGAAUGUAAAGCAAGUGCCCGCAUGAUACCUGGGCACCCCCUCCCCCCACCCCGCUAAUCUUUACAGCAUAUUUAUGACAAAUUGAAAUCAGCCUGGUGUAAGUAGACAUUUCCAUAUUAUCAGUUGAUUCUCCUGUUCAUAUUUUUUUAAUGUGUGCAUGAUUUUACUUUGUUUUGAUCUAGUGCAUAUAAAUCUGCAUGUUGUAACUACUAAAUAAACGUACUCACCAUAGA